AUGGAGUUAGUCCAGGGGAUUAAAGGAGCUGGCGCGUUUGCUGCCAUGGGCGCACAUAUCCCCAAGGGCGUUCUCCUCAUCGGUCCCCCUGGCACGGGUAAAACGCUGCUAGCUCGCGUGGUGGCAGCAGAAGCAGACGUGCCGUUCUUCGCUGCGUCUGCGAGUGAAUUCGUGGAGAUGUUUGUUGGGAGAGGCGCGGCCCGCGUACGGGAGCUGUUCCGAGAGGCGAGGAAGGCCGCUCCGGCGAUAGUUUUCAUAGAUGAGAUAGACGCGGUGGGGGCGCGGCGUGGCGCGAGCAGCAACGACGAGCGGGACCAGACUCUCAACCAGCUGUUGACGGAGCUCGAUGGGUUUGAUUCGCCUGAUGAUGGGGUGCUGCUGCUGGCUGCGACUAACCGGCUUGACACGCUUGACCCGGCGCUGACUCGCUCGGGGAGGAUUUCGAGAAGGGUGAUGGUGCCUCUGCCGGAUGUGGAUGGGCGGAGGGAUAUUCUGAGAGUGCACAUGCGGAGGAUGCAGGAGCGGAUGAAGGGGAGGAGGAGCGGUGCGGGGGAGGGGCGAGGGGGGGGAAGCGUGGGAGGGAGUGUGAUGGGAGGUAGAGGCGGCAUUGGAAGAGUUGGAAGUGUGUGGGAUGUGCUGGGGGAGGAGGAAGAAGAGGAGGGGAUGAGGACAGUGGUGGCGAGGUAUUCAGAGGGGUUUUCAGGGGCGGAUCUGGAGAAUGUGGUGAAUGAAGCGGCAUGGCUUGCUGCCAGGAGUGGCGAGGCACGUGUGAGUCUGGACCAUUUCCUUGAUGCGGUGGAGCGUACGCGCAACGGCAUCGGCAUCACCGCCACCACCACUGGCCUUCGCAUGAAGCCCCGUGCCCGUGGCAGCAGCAGCAGCAGCAGCCCCGUGCUGGGGUUUCUAUCCCGUGCCCUUGGACCGUUGGCACAGCAGCAGGAGAAGGAUGUGCCUGCACGUGCCAUCUCACCCGGCAUUUGA